CGGCCUGGAGAACUCCGGAGUUUCCAAGCUGUGCUGCCCCCUGAGCUCUGGAUCCACUUGGCUGUGGUGGCCUGUGGCAAUCGGCUGGAGGAGACGCUUGUCAUGCUCAAAUCAGCCGUGCUCUUUAGCCACAGGAAGAUGCAAUUCCACAUCUUCACCGAAGAAUCUCUGAAGCCCGAGUUUGACAAGCAGCUACGACAGUGGCCUGACUCAUAUACAGAGAAGUUUGAGCACAGGAUCUACCCCAUCACGUUUUCGGUUGGAAACCCUCAGGAAUGGAAGAAAUUGUUCAAACCCUGUGCUGCCCAGAGACUCUUUCUCCCGGUGAUUUUAAAGGAUGUGGACUCCCUUCUCUACGUGGACACUGAUGUUCUCUUUCUGAGACCCGUCGAUGACAUCUGGAAGCUUCUGAGGCAGUUUAAUGCCACACAGCUUGCAGCCAUGGCCCCCGAGCAUGAAAUCCCCAAGAUCGGCUGGUACAGCCGCUUCGCUCGGCACCCUUUCUAUGGCUCCGCGGGAGUUAACUCAGGAGUCAUGCUGAUGAACUUAACUCGGAUAAGAAGCGCCCAGUUCAAGAACAGCAUGAUUCCAACAGGCUUGGCUUGGGAGGACAUGCUGUACCCUCUGUACCAGAAGUACAAAGAUGCCAUCACGUGGGGAGACCAGGACUUAUUAAAUAUUAUUUUUUAUUUCAACCCAGAGUGUCUCUACGUGUUCCCCUGCCAGUGGAACUACCGUCCUGAUCACUGCAUGUACGGAAGCAACUGCAGAGAGGCCGAGCGGGAGGGCGUGUCUGUCCUGCACGGGAACCGAGGCGUCUACCAUGACGAGAAGCAGCCGACUUUCAAAGCUCUCUAUGAAGCGAUCCGGGAUUUUCCCUUUCAAGACAAUCUCUUUCAAUCCAUGUAUUACCCUCUUCAGCUGAAGUUUUUGGAGACUGUGCACACUUUAUGUGGACGAAUCCCACAAGUUUUUCUGAAGCAAAUUGAGAAAACAAUGAAAAGGGCUUAUGAGAAACAUGUCAUCAUCCGUGUUGGCCCCAACCAGAUGCACUGAGUAUUUCACAAGUCAAUUAGGCAUCUCAUGAACAAGGAAAUAUUCAUCUACAAGCUGCCUGGAUCUCUUUUACGUGAAUAUUUCAUGGUGCUCUAUGACAAAUGCGUUUAAAAAGCCUUGUUAAAUGUUGCUAAAUUAGCUGCCCCUACAAGGAAAUAUGCUUUUGUUUCUUUUUUUCUAAAAUGCUAUUUAUCUCUUUUUUUUUUUAAAUGAUAUUAUUGCUCACUUAACACUGUUGAAGCAGGUUGAGCUAGCUGUGAACAGGAACUGUCGUGAGCCUUCCAGUUCCCGAGUGUCUGAGACAAUGUUAGUGGCAUCUGAUGUGACAUAUUUUAUCCAGUUUUCUUGAGAUUUUCUGUGCAAUUGGUCCCCUCCACCCCUUGUAAUAAAAGUAAUACAUGCUCGUAAAACAAACAAAUUUUUAAAACUUAUGGAGAAUAUGUAGGUGUACGGACCAAAAUCAAGAUGAGAUUAGCCAUAAUCCUAUCAACCAGGGGAAAAGAUUUUUAUUUUAGUGUAGUCCCUUCUCGCCUUUUUUCCCUACUUCUAUAUUUAUUUUCUGGGUGUCUUUCCCAUCGUGUUAACACGUAUCUAAAACAGGUAGUCUAAGUAAAAGUUGGACCUAUGCUGAGAUUUUUAGGUAAGAGACUAAAAAUUUAGACAAAAUGAUUAUGUUUACAGUGCUUUAUAUCUGGGACAGAGAAGCGACCACCUGAGGCGAGGUUAAGGGAGUAUAAGCCCUGCACACAUCCUAAUCUUGUCAGAGACCUACCCUUGAACCACUGUUAUAAAACCCCUUGUCAGAUCCUCUGGGGUUGGGACACAUAGUUUUUUGAGGCAGGAACCUGCUGUGUUCCGCUUUGCCUGGCAAAGCAAUACAGCUAUCCUUUUCUACUUAAAAAAAAAAAAAAACUUGGGGAAGCAUUCAGAUUGUAGCUAACUGGGCAGUGAUAAAGAAUGAAGCAUAUCUGGAGGUAUUUUUUAAGAAAAAUUGUUUAGAUUUUUCCAAAUCACAGAACAUAUCUAUGCAGCCACAGCUUCUGAAAGGAAAUUAAGUAGUUGUGUUAAACCUAAGUAGUCUGUUUAGCAGAGAUGUGAUUUUGUGUUUAACCACAGACAAAAGCAUUUUAUCUCUUACUUUAGUAGGUGUGGCCUUCUCUCUUUAAGCUCUUGGGCAAUAGGUGGAAAUUAAAGGCCAACUUGGAAUGCAGUGUGUACAAAUAAAUAGUUCAGUGGAUUCCAUUGGCAAGAAAAUUCAUCUUCCUUAACAGCCUUAGAAAGAUCUCUUGAUUUUUUUUUUUUUUCUUCUCUAGGGUUAUCAGGCAGUUAGCCAAGGAACCAGGCAGGUCUUAUCACCUAGCUACAGGUAGAGGAAGUUCUAUAUUCUUUCACCAAAGGGAUGUAACUUAAUCCCUAGUUGUUCAGUAGCUGCCAUUAGCAUAAGGGCAUUUUGCAUAAUGCUUUAUUUAUCUCAAAAAAAAUAAUCACGUGUGCAUAAAUGAUCUCCUUGAUGUUUGCAACAGCCUAGUGAACUUAGUAGAGGCCUGUAUCAGCUCCACUGAGCAAAUAAGGAAAUUGUAAUACAAAGAAACAAACAAAAAUUGUAUAUAAAGAACCAAUAUAAUUACUGUUCUAUAAGACAGACAGUUGUGUAUAAGAUGCAUCCUGUUUAACAGAGAAAUUUUGGGAAACAAAAACAUUAAAUAUUUUUCGUCAUAUAUAGACGGCGAUCUGAAAGUAUAAAAUGAAAAUUUUUGUUUUGGCAAUGCAAAUAUGGUAUCCUAUAUAUUGGAAUCCAGUAGGAUAUCGUAGGUUCUAUAGCAGCAGAAAAAGUCUUACCCUGAAAAUAAUAUAUGAAAAUCUCAGCACUACCAAAGAAUAUAUAAGUAUCAGUCAGUAUUAGUAUGCAGCACCAUUAUGGCAGUAACAAAUUUAAAUCUAAAAUGGUUGAGUAAUAACCCAUACUUUCCUUUUGAUAAGUUGGGUGGCCUGUGGUUUGCUAUUUUUGUUAAGGGAAAUUACCAUUAUAAUGUGAAACUCUUAUCUUUGCUGUUGUAUUUUAUGUUUCCUCAUUUUACCACUAAAG